AUGAUUAUUAUUUUUACCAGGUAUUUAUCAACUGGAGCUUCUUUCAAUCAAUUACAUUUGGAUUUCUUUGUUGGAAAAAGCACGAUUCGUGUGAUAAUAAAGGAAACUUUAUUGGUAUUAUGGACAAAAUUACAACCCUUAGAGAUGCCUAUACCAACAAAGGAAAUAUGGUUGAACACUGCGGAAGGUUUUUAUAACACUGCCAACUUUCCAAACUGCUUAGGAGCAGUGGACGGAAAGCACAUCCGUAUAAUAAGUCCACAACAUAGUGGAACAGACUUUUUUAAUUAUAAAAAAUUCUUUUCUAUCGUUCUUAUGGCGUUAGUUGAUUCCAAUUAUUGUUUCCUGACAGUGGAUGUAGGUGCAUAUGGUCGAGAAGGAGAUAGUCAUAUAUUUAAACGAUCUGCCCUAGGAAAACAACUAUACGAAAAUAAAUUGAAUGUACCCGGAGUUAGAAAACUUCCAAAUGAUGACAACGGUCAAGAACAACCUUUCGUAAUUGUUGGUGACGAAGCGUUUGGGUUACACCAAAACUUAUUGAGGCCAUAUCCUAGGAAAAAUUUUGAUGUUCAGAAAAAAGUUUUUAAUAUGCGGUUAUCGAGAGCUAGGCGUUUUGUAGAAUGCGCAUUUGGGAUACUAUCCAAUAAAUGGAGAGUGUUUCAUACCCCUUUGCUUGUGGAACCUGAUUUUGCCGAAAUAAUUGUUAAAGGUGCUUGUGUCUUACAUAAUUUUGUACGAAGACGUGACGGAAUCAAUUAUGAAGAAACAUUUUGUUGUGAAUUGGAUCCAAUAGACAUCAUAUUUCGAGGGUCAUCAGGUACACAUGCUAAGGACGUUAGAGAAUAUUAUGCUAAAUAUUUUAAUAGCCCAGAAGGCAAGUUGGAGUGGCAAUAUUUUAAAAUUUAA